AUGGCCUUGCCCAUACUUAGAUUCUCGGACGAGGAUAAAGUUGGAACCAUCCAGCCCCACGACGAUGCUCUAGUCGUCACACUCAGGAUUAGGGGAUAUGACGUGAAGAGGGUGCUAGCCAAUCAAGACAGUGCCGUGGAGGUAAUGUACCCCGACCUAUACAAGGGGCUGAAGCUGAGACCGGAAGACUUGACAGCAUACGACUCCCCUUUGGUAAGCUUUGAAGGGAAAACUGUUACUCCGAAAGGCCAAAUUAGGUUGCCUAUACAAACAGGCUUGGACAUAGUAGAGGUGGACUUCAUAAUAGUGGACGCGUAUUUGCCCUACACCGCCAUUGUAGCUAGACCUUGGCUUCAUGUCCUAGGGGCUGUAUCCUUAACCUUACACCAAAAGGUGAAGUACCCGUCGGAGGGUCGGGUUAAAGAAGUGAUAGGGGACCAAGCCAUGUCCCAACAAUGCAUGGUGUCCGCCAUCUCGCAACGGCCGAGUGCCGAGCCCUCUACCGAGAAUGGCUUAUAG